UUUCCGGCAACUCGUACAGCGCGGGAACAUUUAUCAGCUCCACUGUAGGCGUCCCGGCGCUCACACACAGUUUCUGUAAACAAAAUAAUCCCGCGGUACAAACUAUGGACCCCUCGGAGGUAGAGUUCCUCGCCGAGAAAGAGAUGGUGAAGAUCAUACCAAACUUCAGUCUCGACAAGAUUUAUUUGAUCGGGGGCGACCUUGGUCCCUUCAACCCCGGACUGCCUGUGGAUGUCCCUGUGUGGCUGGCUCUCAACCUGAAACAGAGACAGAAAUGUAGGAUUGUGCCUCCUGAGUGGAUGGAUGUCGAGAAACUGGAGGAGAUCCGCGAGCUUGAGAGGAAAGAGGACGCUUUUACGCCUGUUCCUAGUCCCUACUAUAUGGAGUUAACCAAACUGCUGCUAAACCAUGCAUCCGACAACAUUCCUAAGGCAGAUGAGAUCCGGACGCUGGUGAAAGACAUCUGGGACACGCGGAUCGCCAAACUCCGCCUUUCUGCUGACAGCUUCAUCAGCCAGCAGGAGGCUCAUGCCAAGCUGGACAACUUGACGCUGAUGGAGAUUAACACCACACGUACGUUCCUUCUUGACUCUCUCAACUGUAUGUACAAACUACGCUCCAAUCUGCAGCCUGGCUCUAACAAGGGAAAAGCCCUGGACUAUUGAUCUGUGAGAUGAAGGCGUGCUAUGCCGGCGCGGGUCUCAUCCCAACAUGGACCCAGUGCUGUGAAGGCUUGGGUAAGAGCCUUUGACUGAGGCUUGUGGCUCAAAGCCCCCGCCUGCUGAACAGGACUUUGAUUGUUGGAAAGACUUUUCACACAAAUGGAGCUAUCCACAAUAAUUUUGCGAAUGCCAGAACUACUUUAAUGACCAGAACUUCUCAGCCAAUUAACGAACUGUAUCUUUUCCAAGGAGAGAGAUGCAUAGUGUGAAUAUGUGCUUACUGAAAGCAUAUUGGCUUUGUACAUAGGUGCGAAUGGCAAGCUACAUUUCACUUCAUUUGGAAUGCCAACUCUAGCUAUAAACAGUCACAUGUGUCAAUACCUCUGAGACUAGCCAAUACAUAUAAAAAGUAUAUGUGGGUGUGUAUGUAUGUAUGUAUGUAAUGUAAUGCAAUGGCCUCUGAUGUGCAACAGAAAAUUAAACAUAGUAUAUCAUGUUUAUCAGUUGGCAUGUACACUGUUUAAUAUUAACUUCUCUGGUGUGCAUACUAUUCUUGGUGCAAGUCAGAAACAGAAACAUACAGUGAUCCUCUGCACAAAAACAACUUUGAAGUAUGUAAGCAGAAAUGUGAUGAACAACCUUAAAUUUGAAUGAUUUAAUUCUUGUGUUAUGGUUGUAUUUGCAUCUGAAUAUUUCAGAGUUUCCUGCAUGAAUGUACUACACACUUGUGAUGUAUGGAUCGAUCUGAUUAAAUGGAAAAUUAACAAUUGUGGUUUAA